UGAUUGGCUAUUAAAAUGCAAUGGCCGCGUCCAUCAGUUUAGCGUGACAGGCGUUUGUACGCUACCAGUUACCCUGUGUGUGAAGUGACAAGUGUUGAUCUGUCACAUACUGUCAUCUGUCAAUAGCGAAGCGAAGGCAUAGAAUUCAAGUUAGUGCUGGUAUGGCAGCUGACCGGUCAGAAGCCUUCGACAAGCUCCGGCCAGUUUGUGUAAGACUCACAAAGGAACAAACAAGUGAGAAUGUGCUGGAGGUUUUGCAAAAUGUGAGGUCAGUUCAAGCUGAAGUGCUCCAGGAUCUGCAGGAGUAUGUCCUCUUCCCCCCUGAGAUUCAUCGUCAAAAACCAGACACAGGACACUCUGAAGGAGGACGUCCUCACUGCAGUGUGCUCCUGUGUGGGGCACGUCCUCUCGCACACAUCUGUCACCCGCUGGGAAAUGUUCCAGGACAUGUUCACCACCUUCACAGCACUGUUGGUUGCCCCUGACGAUGAGCGAGG